AAUUAUUCUAGUUCUUAGACUGAAAAUUCGAAACUUCUAAUUUCAUAAAUCAUGUGGAUCGUCAACAUUCUAAUAUCUUGAUUUAGCCUGCCUAAAUAUAAAUGUUGUUUAAUCGCUCCUAAUUAACUCCAAGUAUAUAACUUUGGGGAAAGUUCUCUCUCUUUGCACAUAUGCCAUUUUUUAUUGUCACGUGUGAUCCAAUACUGCGAAUGUGCAAUUGCAUCAGUGUGACUGGAUACGCUUUGUGUAUUUGUUACUCAAUUUAUUAAAUUAUUUUCUCUUCACAAUUAUUGAAACAUUGGCUUCGGUACACAGUCAAACUGUUAAUUCUUUUGACCAAUAUAUUAUGUUCAUAUGAUAAGUUAUUACUUAGUUUGGUAUUCAUUAAAGUUAGAUGAAAAAUUUAUUUAAAUUAUAUGCAAUAGCUUUACUGGUCAACAAUAGGAUGUUACAAAAAAUAUGAAGGUCAUAUUUUUUAUCCAUGGGGAGUGGAGAUGGUUUGAAUCGAUCACAUUGGGACGUUACAAGGAUGAAUCAAACUUUGAAUCUGACAAAUUCAUUGCUUGUGAAGUAUGUAGUGCGUAUGAGAUAUUAUCCCUUCAGGACCAAAACUUCUUGUUUAAGCGGGGGUGAAUCCAACAACUAAAAGAAAGAUUGAUUCAUUGGGAUCGUUCCUUUCUUCAAACGGAUGGAAUAGAAGUAGUAGCCUUUCUUUCCAUAAACUUGUUCGAAUCGAUACUUAUUUGAAUAAAUCAUCACGCAGCAAAUCAACAAACCCCAAAUUGUUGUCUCUUUCCCCUUCAAGUUUACCUACUACACCAUUGAUAUCAACACAUCUGAGAUUGCCCAAUGUUUGGGAGUUCCUCUAUUGAAUCCCAACAAGCAGGUCUAGAUUCAAAUUCUCUUUUGCUAUAGCCGAACAUGAGGGAAAGAUCGUUCAUACCGAUAUUGAAAAGAUCCUUUUCGAGCAUAUUUAUUGAAACAAAUAUGAUCAUCUCGAUAAGUUAUUCCCUCCAUUUAUCCCAUUGUUGAUUGGAAAUAGGAAAAAUAAAUUUCCUUCCUAAGGAAACAAUGCUACUCAAGACUAUAGUGGAUUCAUAUGAUUUCUCUUACUAAACCUGCUGCUUUAGCAUUAUAAAUUGUGUUGUUACUCUUGCUUUUGUUGGGAUAAAUCUGCCCCUUCCCCUGUUCUCAGAUGAUGAGAUUCCAUUGAUAUAGAGUCAAUUCCGAUAGACAAAUUGGAGGGCCCCAUUGGAGUGCAUUCCUUUCUUAUCUCUUGUACACGUCGAGCCCUUUUUAUCCUUGGCCCACUGAGACGUAUAGGACUGGUUCACGCUCACCAAAGUCUUUCAGAAGAGUCCAUCAUACAAAAACUGGAUUAAAUAAAUCAAAUACGUGCACAAAGAUAUAAUGGAUGAUAAUUGAAAAAUCUGUAGAAAUAUGAGAUUCAAAACUUCGAGGUGCUAGGUUGGUUUCAGGAUCUUAAAGUGCAUGAUUGAAACCAGGACGCUGCUGGAAGUUAUUGAGGUAUUGCAUUAUGCAUCCCAAAGGAAGACGUCUGUGACUAAGAUAAUGCUGGAUAAUAUGGUUGUCCCCUUGUCUAACAGGGAUCUUGAUGUAUCAAUGCUUAAAGAAGCUGUGGAGUUGAUUAAUGGAAGAUUUGAGACUGAGGCAUCUGGAAAUAUUACCCUUGACACCGUAAACAAGAUUGGACAAUCCGGGGUGACCUACAUUUCUAGGAGCCUUGCCCCCGCGGUACGAUACAAGUGGUUCUCUGACACUGUGAAAGCACUCGACGUUUCCCUGAAAAUCGACACGGAGCUAUCACUUGAAGUUGGGAGGCGUACAAAACAAGCAUGAUGAUAUUCUAUUCACGCAAAAGACAAAGUAAACCAUGUAUCUCUUCUCUCGGAUUAAAAGGAUAGGGGACUGCCGAAAAAUAUGAGGUGCAAAUUAUCUCCCUUUCCUCUAGGAAAUGCCAUCCAAGAGACCAUAUGUUAGAUUGUGCUCAAAACAAUGAAAUGUGAACUUGUGAUUGACAGGCAAACAACUUAUCAAAUGAGCUGUAAAAAUGUAAGUUCCUUGCUGUUUGGGAUUUCUCUUGGUACCUUUUUAGAAAUACUGAGCCAAAUCCUGUUUUACCAAAACAAAGGUUUAAAAAGAAAAAAGGAUAUGUGCAGAGACCGAUCGAUUUCUAGGUUUCGUCAUAAACCUAAUUGGUUACUUCCAAUUACGUAAAUCAUACAUAUUUACUUGUAUGAAAUUGUUUGUCAUGAAUAAGAAUUGGCAAUUUGGGAAAUUCUCUAUUCUUUUGUUGUCAUCACAGAGAGUUUUGUGGUCUGCCAAAUUGUAUUUGUGUCGACUAGUAAAGUUGUACUCGAAUAGUUUUGAAGGAUAAUUGGACGUCACUGUUAAUUAUUCAAUAAAUGAAGAAAAAUAAUUGGAUUGGAUGGACAAGAUAGUAUUAAAGAAGAAAAAGGAUUAAGGUUUGUUUAUAUAGACUUUUAAGGGGGGAAAUGAAUAAAACUACUUGCCGAGAACAUUUGAGUUAUGUGCAUGGUAUGCUAGAUUUGACUUGACAAGAUGGGAUUAAGGAUUAGAGACGUUAAAUAUUUGUCUAUCCAUCACAUACCCGAUAUUUAUGAAAGGCUAGUUGUUCAACUUAUGUUAUGCUUGGAGAUACUCCGUGCACUGGUAUGGCGUCGUGGCCUGUAUUGUUUCUGUUAUUAACCAGCAACCCUACAAAAAAAUUGAUACCACUGUAACUAUUCCUAGGCUGCUGCCAUCUUUAUUCUUGAUUUUUUGCUUGUGUAGAAGUGGGUAACUGAGUUGGUCUAAUGGCCCUAAGUAAACGGCAAAGCCACUACUUGUUUUGAGUACGAAUGGAUCCUUUCGUGUGUGGCAUUGAUUGGGCUAGAUAGGCUGUACGUGGUGUAGUAUUAUUGUGACAAGUUUG